AUGGCUGCCUGGCGGGUCGUCGUCCACGACGGCUCUCAACAAGUCUCAAUUAACUCUCAAGGUCCGCUCCACACGAAUGGCGUCCUGCUGCUUUCCGACCUUUCCGGGACCUCUGUCCCCUCUCCAGACGGCCCACCGCUCCCGUCUCCCUCUUCGCGCCAGUCUUGUCCGGUCCACACGAUAGAUGUCUCUUCUCCUGAGGCCGUAGGCGCAGCCCCCGCGCGGGCGCCUCGGCCGGUUCUGCCUGCUCCGCUGUCCAUUCUUGCUGUUUGUGACGAAGCUGUGGCUGCGGAGGGAGACGGGUACCCUCGCGUCUCGCCGUCUGCCGGAACCUACCGCCACCACGCGGGACUUCUGCCCGCUGCGGACGGAUGUUUGGGCCCGCCUGAUGUCGGCCGAGACGCAGCCUCGUGGGCGUCUGGGCCAGGCCUCGGCGCCAUUCCGCCUGUCUCCUCUGCACCCGCCUGGGCGAGGCCGAACUCGCAGUCUGUCCCCUUUCCCUCGCAGCCCUUUGGCCGAGGCGAACAGGCGAACCUGAGGGAAAGGGAGGCGAGGGGAGGCUCAGGAUCGGCGGGACAGAUGGCAGACUCGCCGAGGGACUCUGUUGCCCUUGCAGCAUCGGAGGCGGCCAUAGCUGCCGGAGAAGCCUUCACACCCUACACAGUGUUGGGCCGCGUGCGCCUUCUUUCAUCGUCUCUCGAUGAUCGAACGGAGUUCCUUCUUCUUCAAGGCGUAUCGAGACUUCUCAGAACUUUCGCGACUGCGCGGGAAGAGCUGGCGGCGCGGGAAGACCGCCGGAGAAGACGCCGACAGCGAGCCGCCAGAAGUGUGAGGCGACCGAGAGACGGGCGGCAUCUGGAAGAAGUUCGAGGUGGGGAACUCUUCCGCGCAAAGGACGUUGUCGCUUCUCCCACAUGCGCCUCGAAGGUGCGGCGUCUCUCACGAGGUACAUCAGACCUGUCGUCGCUGCAGAAUCGAGGUGAGCAGCCGGCUGCUCGAGAACCCUUGGUGGAAUCGAAGUCCGAUCUCUGUCUCCCUGAGGACCCACGGAAGAUGCAGAGGACGGGGCCUGUUCUCUGCUGUCAGCUUCGUCUUCGAUGCCUUUCGCCUCUUGUGUCUCCGAGAUAUAUUCCGUCUCCGUUCGUCUUUCUGGACGCGGAUCUCGCGUUCCGUUUGACGUGCAUGCUGUCUGCGGUCUGCCGAGCGUCUGCCUUUAAGCGUGUCUCUUUCUCGUUUCCGCCUCUUGCGGCACGGGACCUCCCGCUCCUGUCUCUCCUCAACGGCCGACGCGGCCUUCGGUGCGGCAAAGGCGACGCGGAACCCGCAACCGGAGACAGGGGCGAGCACAAUCCCGCCUGCGGAGGGGAAGAGCUGGCGCACGGGAGAACAGAUCGGCGCCGAUCCAGUUUGUCCGCGGAGGGCGAAGAAGAGGACUACACUUUCUCUGGCGAGCCAUCGCUCGUUCUUCCUGGCCUCCACCAUUUCGUCGAGAGGACGUCCACGGCCGACCUCUAUCGUCGGCUUCUCUGGCUCCACGUCACCUCAGGGGGCUUCUCGGUCCUCAGUGUGGGGUCUUCAGGUAGCGGUUCUGAGUCACGCGUCGAGAGAAAUAGGGACCAAAGCGUCUCCGCUUUUUCUGUGCCCUCAGUGGUUGACGUCUCUGUCCUCCUUCAACCUGCUUUGGCUGUGGCUGGUCCCUUUAGCGGCCUCACGGCGUCCAGCAGAACGGGUGCCGUCUCGCCGUCGUCCCGAAGUCGGGGAAGGACAGGCGACGAGACAGACCAUUUCUUUGACCUUUUGGAGGACAUAGACAAUAUCGCUGCCGCCACACUGGGGCACAGCACUUCGCCAGGGAGGCAGAGGGGGAAAUCGAGGGAGUUGGCUGGACAGGAGACGGCGCAGAAGAUCAAAAGGAGGAGAAGCUCAUCGCGAAUCUACGGGGAAGAUGCGGACGAAGACUCGGGAGAUGAAGAUGACGAGGGCGACGACGUCUUCUGGCUCGAAACAGACGAUGGAAGAAUGGUGCUCCCGCGACAGCUUCAUCCCCUCUGUGCGUUCCUCUCCGUCUGUCUUCAAGACGCUUCUUGUAUCAAACGUGAAGCUCUGGACGCUGUUCACGAAGCGCUUCGCCCGGGGGGGCGGUGGCCUCCUGCGAGCCCAACAGCCGCCGGCCUCCCAAAACAGAUACCGUCUCCAAAUGGAGCCCAAGGCGGUCGGUACGGGAAUUAUGGCUCUCUAAGGGGCCCUGGACGGUUUGAGGGCGAGACGGCCGAAGGCCCCCACGGUGGUGAAGAAGAUGAAGGGGUUGCGUGGAGCCUGCGAGAGGGAGGACGAGGCACCGCCUUCGUUUCGCUCCCCCCGCCCGAGUAUCCCCGAUGCUGGGCUGGCGGAAAUGGAGCAACCGAUGACGCGCUCUUCGCCGCCGGAGGCGUCAGCGGCCUCUCUGGAUGGCCCCGAGGCGGUGGCGGUGCGGAGUCUCUUUCAGGAGCGGGGACAUGCACUGUGGGGUCAGCCGGCGGCACCCUUCUAGAGACCGUUGAGGCUCGACUUCUUCAGCCUCUUGUGGGUCUCCUCACCGAAUCGCUCGUCGAGGGGGUUUCCCCCAGCGACAGAGAUCUGGGCUUCCUGCGCGGCCCCUGCCGAGGCUUCUUGUUUUCCGAGGCACGCCAUUGGGGGUCGCCAACCCGCGGCGGAGAUCGUGGUGGAGAGCUUGCCCCACCCUUUGGACCGCAGCCUUUUUCUCCUCUGUCUCUAUCCUCCUCAAGCGCGUUCCGAGUUGGGUCCCCUGGUCGACUCCCUGGCUUCUCUCAGGGGUACCCCACAGGUCUGGAGGGGCUUCAGGCCUCCCACGGUGCCCUCGGGCUCGCGUCUCCGCGUGCCCCGGAACCGCCUCACGCGCUGGCGCUCGCGGCCCUUGCACGGCUUCAGCCUUGUUUCCUUGGGGCCAUGCAAGAGGCUGAAUCCAGCCCGUCGUCACUGCUGCAGACUCAGGGCCCCUACGAGGCGAGGGCAGACUCUGGGCUCUUGUCUUCUUUCCGUGGAGAGACAGGCAGAGCGCUGAGGGACGAGGAGGAGAUUGACGUGAUUUCCCGGUGUCUCGAUGCUCUGCUCCUUCUCUCACUCCACGGCGCUUCUGUCGUUUCUCUCCUCGACUUCCUUAAAUUUCUCCAGCAGCUUGUGGCCGCCGUAGAUCGAGCAGAAGACGAGUUGGCCGCCUCAGCGAAGAGGGCGCGGGCUGUCAGUCCCGCCGGGGCGAGGCGGAAUUCGGAGUUCCGCAGCACCAGUGGACGAGUGGCCAGUUCGGGGUGCACAGUGGAGAGGCCUCCCAACGAGAGAGGAGGAUGCGGGAAACACAGCGACGCCGAUGCCUACACUUCACCGGUCUCCGGCUCGCCUGCAGCUCGUGGAACAGGCGGAGUCGGCGCUUGGACCCAGAGACACGGUCCCCUCGCUCUCUCGACGGCGAUGGUGACGCACCAGGGAGAGCGAAGGGCGGCGCAGUGGAGAGGAGACCCUUUUUCCCCUGCUCAUCGCGAGUGUCCUCGUCUGGGUCGGAGCCACUCAGGCGCGAGUUUGCCCAGUGUACCUGUUUCUGAAAACCCGCAAGACAGGAGUUCUGGCGUCGACGCACAGUCGCAGCCGCCUCCUGAGCCAGCAGAUCUCGCUGCUUGCUUUCUUCCUCAGCCUGCCACGAUUUCGCGGCCCUCUUUGGCCGCGUCUUCGCCGUCUGCCUCGCACGCGUCUUCCCCGUCACACAGAGCUUCCGCUGUCGUCCGACCUGCUUUUUGGGGGGCCACGCGUGAGGGCUGUCAGGCAGUUGGCAGCCCCUCCCUCGGGGAGUGUGUGUUGCCUCGGUCGCCGUACCCGUCUCUUCAGCUUCUCGAGCUUCUGUCGCUUCAGUUCCCGCUCACGUUCUCCGACCUUUCCUGUUCGUCGGGAGGCGAAGGCGCGUCGGGCCGAGAAGAGAGUUCCGGAAACGAAGAAGGCCGACGCGCAGACGAGCUCCCCAGGGCGUCCGGUUCGGACGUCCAAACUUCUUUGUCUCCCUCGCUCCUUCUCUCUUCGCCGAUUCCCCCCUUUGGGGCUUACUGCUUCCAGAUGACUCUCGAGCUGCACGAAAGUCUUCAGUGGGGGUUUUCGCUGCCUUCGCCGAGCAGCCGGCGACCUGGCGAGCAUUGUCCAGGCUCGCCACUCCAUGGAAGGCGCGCCCCCCUCGUGACGCCAGGUGGGAGCCGGUACUACGGCUCUGCAGAAGACUUCGACGGGCUUCGAGGCGGAGGCGUGACGGGACGCAGCGCUCCUCGGAGUCUCGGAACUGACCUUUCUUGUUGCGUCGAAAUCAUCUAUGGCAACGAAAGAAAUCUGCGACUGAGCCGAAGGCCCGUGAACGAAGACGGCAGAGACAGGAGCGGAAUGAGCAGCAGUGGAGACGUGGAUGGGGGCGAGGUGCGCCUCCGUUUGGAGCUGAAUAACGACGCCCUGGUCGUUUGGGUGCAUCAGGACGAAAAGACGGGCGCGAGGUACCCGCGGGGCGUUACCGGAUCGAAUGAGAGAGGCAGUGCGAUCGCUCCCGGGGACUUCGUUCCAUCAGACUCCCCGAUGGUGAGCGACUGCGGGUCUGUGUAUCCGGAAAGCCGAGGCGCAGCGUCCAGCUUGCGGACGUCCUCAGAUUCGGACGGAGACCUCGUAGAGAAGAUCCAAGAAAGGGGCGAGAAGUCCGUCAGGGCCGCGCUCUUUGACAUUCGGGGCAUUCACGCCAUUGUUCUUGACAUUCUCGUCGACCAGACAGGCGAGGGUGAAGACGAGGGCGUUGCGCAAGAGUGGCUGCUUCCCGACCUUGGAGCCUGCGACGCGGAAUGGCCUGCGAGAGCGGAAACAAAGAGGAGCCCGAGAGAGACGGACGCCUCUGGAGUGUCCGACGAACAAGUGCCGGAGACGGGAGGACGAGAAACGGGAGUGCGCCGUUCGAGGCGACGGGGGUACAGUCCUCAUUGCAGAAGCGGUCUGGACGGCCGUGCCUCAGCGAUGUUCGGACCGCAGCGGAGUUCCCAAGUUCCUCUUUUUGGUUGCAGGGAGACGACACGGGGCGACGCGUCCAAGAAAAAGAGACAUCAUAUCGUUGUCUUCGCCAACGGACAAAAACUGUGCUCCGUGCCGCUGCCUGGUCCCUCUGUUCUGUUGUCCUCGACGCUGUCGGUGAACCCCGCAAACGAAGUCAUGGUGCGCGCGGAGCUCACGUCGCGAGCGUCUCUCCGCGUUGCCUCGCAGCCUUCGUGGUCUCUGGGCUUCAUCGAAGAACUGCGCAGGCGGCGGCUGAUCGGUGGGGAGCCGGCGGAGGCAGAAGAGGAGCCCAGCGACGCUGUCAUCGAGUGGAAGCGGCGCGCCCGCAGUCCGCGUGGAGACAGCCUGGCGAGGAAAGGGGCGAGGUACGGCGGCGAGGCUUUUGACGAGGGGGCGAUGCUGGGAGAGGAGGAAGAGCUUUCCGGAGACGACGACUCCUCCACUGCUUCCUUUGUCUCAGGAGGCGGCGACGAGCGGGAGAACGGGCUCGAGAUGUCUGAGUCCUGGGAGAGACCCGACAGGAAGAGUGAAGGCGAGGAGGCGAGGCCAGCGGAGAGAGGGCGUCUCAGGGACGAGGUCUUUGACCCUGAGGACCCCACACCGAACUUCCCUGCACAGGCGGCCUCGGGGUCCGCCUCCCGAGGGGUUUUCGGCUUCGCGCUGGCUUCUUCCGAUGCGCCGUCGUUCGGCAGCAAAGUGAAGAAGGCCGGUCUCCUCAGUCUCGAGGAGCUGCUCCAGCGUUGCUUUUUCUGUCUGCACAACUUGAUCUUGCGAACACGCCCCCCCACUGGAGUCUCCCGGGAGGCGCCGAGGCCCGCGGGGUGGGCCACGAUCAGCGAGGACGAGAGACAGGACUCGGCCGUCGGGGGCGCACCCGUCUCUGACAGAGAGACCGGCGACGGAGUUGUUGGCCACGCCUUUGGCAUUCUCUCCGCUCCGGGGAAGGCGAUUCUCUUCUUCGAAAGCUUUCUAGACUCCCUUGAAUUGCAGUGUCUGGCUCUGAAGCGAGCGAGAGACGAGGCGAUCCGGGCCACACUCGAAGAAGAGACUGCGCAUUUAGUCGCACGGUUCUCGGAGACUCAAGGCUGUGGCGGAGAGGAUGCAGAGGGCCGUCCUGGCCGGAGUCACUGGGGAGAGCCGGAAGCAGCAAAAGUCUCAAGUGACGCUUCUUCUAACCUCUCCUCUGCUUCGCCGAUCCGCUCGCCGUCGGUCGCCUCCCCGUCCUUCCGGAUUUCCGCAGACGCCAGCAAUCGUUCUCGCUCCUCAGUUCCUCGGUCUUUACCGUCUCCGUCUUCCGCCUUUUCUGUGUCUUCGCCAGCUGGAGAAACGUUGCUAGCUCCGUCGCUGACUUCACUUUCUGGCUUACGACUCCCUCCCGUGGGCGAAGAGCCGGAGAGGCUCGAGAGACAGGUUGGCCCAGAGAGAAGGCUACACAGGUCCGAGGGCGAAACCGCCACUUUGGGACUGCCUUUGCCGGCCUGCAGUGGACAGAAACACACCCGCCUUCGGACAAAAUGGAGAAGUCGCGCCGAAGUCUGUUGUUCCUUGUUAGGUUCGCUCCGCGCUUUUCUGGAAGAUUCAAAGGUCAUUGCUGAACUCCAAGAUCAGCUGACUAGGCAGCCUCAGGCACUCGAUCGGCUGAGCUGUCUUUUCUUUGACUGUCUCAUGUUCCUCCUAGAGCACGACGCACCGCCUGUCUGUGCGUGUUCUGCUCCCUGCGUCUUCGAAGAAGGGAGGGGAAGUCCGCUGGGAGUUCUCUCGCAGGGAGAGACAGGCUUCCAUCCUCACGGUUCCGGGACUUCGCCUGCGACGGCAGUGGCUGACAGGGGCGGCAAACACGCGGGGAUUUACAGAACGUCUUCCUCGGCGUCUCCCAGUUCUUUCUCGCAGCAACUUCGCUCCUUCCUGCCAACUGACUGUGGCCACGUGCCUCUCAGGUUCGCCGCCAUUGGAGGCUCGGCGUGCUCGUCUCCUCUGUCUCGCAGUCGCCCUCAAGACUUCGCCCCGGCCACUCCCUCGGCGGUGGGGCCUUCCUCUUCGGACGCUUUCUCGGCGAGGAUCCGCCGAAGCAGCCACGGCUCCAUCACGUCGCUCGCGUCUUCGCAGAGCUCUGUGGACGCGAGUUCUUCCAAGAGUGCUCCUCUCGUUGCUCCCGAGGGCCCCGCGCGGCCUUCACUCUGCCCUCGCACCUGCGCCGUCUGCUUCUGUCUCGGCGCACAAGAAGAGAUGGACGCCGAGGGCGCCGUCUGGCUUCUCCACCGUGCAGCUCUCAAGCUCUUUUCGGCUGUGCAGGCGCCUUUGCUCACAUCCCUUCUUUGGAGAGUCCCGCCUGAGAAACUCCAGGUUUUCUUGAGACUUCUUGCGGCAAACACGCGGCCGUUUGAGGUCUCCCUGGUCCGUCAGGCCUUGAGUGUCCUCGACAGCGCAGGAGGCUGCGAAGUGAUCGUCCAUCGCCUGCUGCGCGAGAUUCGGGCGGAUGACGGGAGGAAGCAAGAUCAGACGCUGUGCGUGAAGCACGCCGCAGGAGGGCGACGAGACAGCCCUGACGACUUGCGAAGAGACUGCCCCCCUUCUUUCGAUCCGUUCUCUUCCCCUGGUCUCGCCUCGAGUCUUCCUUGCACCCCCACUCAUCGACGGCGUGGAGACGCGAACUUUCCGUUUGGCGGCGGACAGUUUCUGCCGGAGGGCAGAGACAAUUUACCGCGUGGACGUUUUGUUCGGGGCGAUUUCUCUCCGAGAGCCUGCUCGGCGUUCGCACCGACGCCAGGCAGGAGCUCGCCCCUCGCGCCGUCUACGCUGCCAAGCUGCGUUGCCAGCCUUCACCGCUCGUCCUCAGGGGGCCCAGCGCUGGCUGCCCUGGGAACCGAGACGGAGCUCGUUUCGUCCUCACGGCCACUUCGUCGCGUGCCUCUGUCUCGCUCGACCUCGGUUUCCUGCGCCUCUUCUGCCCACUUCCGAAAACGCGAGAGGCGCGAGAAUCUCUUCCCGCACCUGAGAAGCUCUCUGAGGUCGGCCAGCGGCAGCCAGGAGACUGCAGCGUCACGGAUCGACGCUUUGCGCUUCUCGCUUUCGUGUCUUGAAGACAGCGGUUUCUGGCCGUUCUUCCGGUCCCUCGUUUCUCAGACGGAGCGUCAGAUCGAAGAGGCGCUUCGUCUCCCGUCUUUUGCUCGCGUUUCGGCACCCGCCGGGACUUGGGGACCCGCGGGGAGGGGUGGAAGUCGCCCGGGGGCACGCCGCGGGACGCAAAGCCUGUCAAGCGACCGCGUCGCUCCGGGCAUCGCCAAGGCUUUCUCUCCGUUCUACAGUGUGACCUAUCCCCGGGACGCAACCUCAGAUUUCCUCGCGUACACGGGCGCGCCGACCAACUCGGCGGCCUAUCCUGCGUCGUCCUCGCGGUUUGUCCUCUGUCCCCACCUCGUGGGCAGUCCGAGCUGCGGCAUCGCGAUGAGUGCGGCGGCCGCUGCAAAAGGAGACAACUCUGGCUGUCAAAGGGCCCUCUUCCCAUUCCCGUCGCGCUCCGCUGCGUCGCCGCUAGCCGCCCUUUGCGGGACAGCUUUCUACUACCGGCUGCAGCUGCUUCACCGCGGCCUCUUCGACUCUGUCUCCGCCCGCACCAACCAGUCAUCGCUCAGCUCACUUGACGGGCUUUUUGCGGGCCGAGGCUCGAUGUUUCCGUUCUCGUCCCGCCGACGAGCUCUAGGGGAUGAUCGGGACAGUGGGAGCUGUGCGCGGUGCGAAGAUUCUCAGGACGCCGAGAACGGAGGCGCGCCAGGCCUUGCGGGGGAAGUCGCGGGACUCUUGGCGCGCCACGCAGCGCAAAAAUGGAUCAAGCAACUCCUCGUGUACCAGGCGAUGCCCGACACAGCGCUGCCUCACCGUCGCCAGGGCCAGGUCUGCGACCCUGACGUGUUUGCUCAGGACGACACUUCGUACACUGGGCAACGGCCUCUCGCUUCUGCCGCGCAGCCUGCGUCCUCAAAGGGACUGUCCACAAGUCCUGUUGACAGAGCAGCACAUUCUGGCCUCGAAGACUCCGAAAAUCCUCGUGAGUCGUCUGCGCAGAGGCCGCCGCCCAUGUCGUCCUCAUGGCUGUCCGGCUGCCGGAGGUACGCAGGAGGCUGGUCGGAGGAAGACCACCAUCUGCGGAGGCUCGAAGACGUGUGCAGUUGCUUGGAAGAGUUGCUGCGGCGUCUUCUCGCUUCCGGCCAGAGCGUCUUGGCUGCAAUGAUGGAAGCCAUUGUUCUCUCUGACGGCCUGCAGCGAUUCGUUCCUGUCAAUGGAUGCGGCCUUCGAGAGUGCCCGCGACGGACCCCGGGGAAGAACGCCCACCUGAUUUCGCCGUGGAAAGGAGGAAGAAGCCCCGAGACGACGACACGCAGAGGGACAGAUCCAGAGAUGCCACUACAGAGCCCUCGUGGAGGCGAGCCUAAGGGAAACGAGGACGCCAACCGAAUCGCCUCUAGAAGAGGAGAGGCGCCCGAGCUCGAACAGGGAAGGGACACUGUGACCUGCACUGCUCAGGAGCGAGGGGCCGAGACAGUGUCGGGAGAGCGAGAGGAGACGAUGAUGCGGCUGGCGGACAGCAGAGAGUGGACGGGGAACGAGAAGGCGGCGCUUGUGAUCGAAUCGAGGAAAAGCAUCCAGGAGGACUCGUCUGGGCCUGUGGGGUUCAGUGUUGGCGUCUUGACUCCCGUGGAAGUUCCGAUGCGAGGCACCGAGUUCGGGCCUGCGUCCACGGGGUUGCCGCCGCCUUUUCUACACGGCUGCGCGUUCCUCAAGACCGCGGUGCUCCGUGUACUGACGCAGUUCACGUCUAUGCUUUCGUGCUUCGACUCAGCUGAGGGAGGACGCGGUGACGGGACGGAAAACGCCGAGGACGUCUUCAAGAACCUGGCCGCAGAGAAGGACGGGGCCUGCGCGAGCGGCAAGAACUCGGUGGUGGUUCUGGCCCUCGUCCAAAUGACGCUCCGUCUCUGGCCGCUGGUCCUGCGCUUGGCGCUUCGAGCGCUCCUGCUUCUUCGCCAGCUGAGCACCUGCGCGUCAGAAAGCGGAGACGAAGGACGGGACUGCUCAGAGGGCGAAGGCAACCCUCGCAGCUUUUUACAUCCCUUCCUGCGUGACGCAGCCCCCGAGAAAAAACUGCACCCUAUCGUCGAAGUCUGUCUGGGGUUUGUGGCUGUCGCCAGCCACAUCCUGGUCACCCUCGGCUCGAUUCCCUCCGCGCUGGCUGCCUUCGAAACGCUCGCGCCUGGUCAAACCCGACCUGAGUUCCCUGCGUCGCCCGCGUCGAGGUCGCCCGUCGGAGCAGACUCGUCCUCUUUCUUCUCGGGGUCGCCUUCCUCCCACGCGGGCUUCUCGUCGCCUCUCGCCUCGCCAGUUGCCGCCAAGGGUUUGCUCGCAGGCGCCCGGGACAAGUCCGCGGAAGCUUACUUGGAGGUGACGGCCUCCGCAGCGGGAUUGCCGCCCCUGCUUCUGACCGGGGCGAGCUACCGCGUGGCACCAGCCGGACACGGCUUUCAGGCAGUCGAAGGCGCCCUGCGAGCGAGCGUUUUGAUGGUUCUCGAGUGCACAGCCAAGACCUGUGGGCCGCUCCGGACGAACCACUUCAGUCUGCCCCGAGCUGUUCAGGAAUUCCUCUCGGCGACGCAGCCCCCCAAGGCAGCGGGCGCCGCCGACGCCAGGGGGACAAAGAUGCCAUCGCAGGCGGAGAACAACGACCCGGCGGCACAGACCGUGCGGGAGAAAGAAGGAAGAGACACAGGAAACAAAGGCCCAGACAGGAGAGCAGGCACGGCCAUCGGAGGGGCGCGCGACGGAGAUGAGGACGGGAACGACGGACAGGAGCGAUUUUCAGGGGAGGAGACGGACGCGGCUCAAACGACAUCGGCGUCACCCUCCUGUGGGGGGAACAAACGAGGAAACUGUGUUGACGAAGUCUCCGGGUUAAGGCCUUUCACGUCGACAGGGCGCCUCACAGGGUCGUCUCCGCCCCAAACAGCGGGGCGCGCUCCUUCGUCGUUUGCGGACCGUCACCAGUCGCCUCCCGCGCUAUCGGCGAGUUCUUCUGUCCAAGCAUCUGCUUCACCUCAUGUUUUCGCGCCAAGUCCCUCUGCUUCCUCACCGUCCCCUGUCCUUCUCGGCCUCUUCAGGGGCGAGCAAGACAUUGUCGCUGCCUUCGGACCUAGCAUGCGCGCGUUCCAUCCUUCCCUCGCGUCGAUCCAGCACGGCGUUGCUGCCGCGCUUCUUCACUUGCUGGGUUACCGUGGAGACCCACGGACCCCCCAGUCUGACCCGUGCUCAGGCACACAGUUCCGUGGACCGACUGAGGCCAGGGAGGACACAAGCCAAGAAAGGCCGCUGCAGGAGGGAGAGAACGGCUGGGCGCGUGACGGACCGGGAGCACAAGGGCGUCUCAGUGGCGAACUCUCUGAAAGGCCGGUUACGGAAAGCACCGCGAGACUGGAGAGAGAGGGAGGAGCGUCGGGGAGAAGACAGAAUGGCGAGCUCGUCAUGAAUCCGGAAUCAGGAAGCGAAGUGGCAGAGCGAAGCCAGGCCGCGUCAUCCGCAAUCGUCCAUCGAAGUGGAAUCCAUUCCGGGGCUGCCAGCCGCGAGCGACCAGGCGCGGGCUUCACGGAGAAUCCAAGCAGUAUGUCUCCGCUAGACAUCCGUUACGCAUCUUACCGUGAAAAGGAGAAGGAAGAGACGCUGCGCAUUCUCCAGAUUGCCGCCUCGGAAUCACGCAAAGCUGCUGUCCAGCUCUUGGCGCGCUGGCAACGCCGGAAGGCCCAGCGCGCGGCGGCCUCGACGCCACCUUUGGGCGAGGAGACAUGCGCGAGGGGGCCUGCUGGGGGCGAAGAGACCCGGUGGCCGGCUUCAGGGGACGAGCCGUGGCGAAUCGCGUCAGCAAGCCCCGUGAACGGGGCGUUCCCCGGCGCGAGUUCAGGGGGCGAGCAGCGCAGAGAGCGCGAAGGGCUGCAUACAUUCGCGGUGUCGGAGGAGACACUUCGCGCGCAGGAACGGCGUCAGAUUCGUUUGAGGUGCGAGUGGAUUCUCCAGGUCUGUCCCGCGGGUCUGCUGGCCCCGCCGGGUGGGGCGGUCUAUGCGAUGUCGCCGGUCCGCUUGCGUCGCGGCGGCUGGACAGAGAGCACGGUGUCGACGCAUGCACGCUAUGGCGGCGGUGUGGUGGCCGGGCUGUUGGAGGACGAAGCGGCUUUCCUUGCGUCCUUUUCCCCGGCUCCAAACCUUCUCCCCUCUGUCGCGCUGUUCCCGCCUCGCCACCAGACGCGGUCUCUCUCUUGCGUCGACUCGGUUUCCACGGGCCCUCUGUACCGCGUGGGUGCGGGGCCCGACGGCCACAGCACUCUCGCGGCUGCCGGCGCCGACCUCGCCGGAGCAGCAGGGGGGGAGAUGGCGGGAGGCUUGGCGGAUGCAUCUUCAUCCGUUGGGGCCAGUGCAGAGGACGUUCUUUUCCCCUCCGAUGUUUCCUCGCUGCCGGGCAUCCACGACUACCUCCAUCUCCCGCGGCUCGCAGGCACUGGCUUCCCGGCAGCUGGCCUGAGUCUGUCGCCGUCCCCUUCGGGUCCGAUGACGACCGCAUCACUGUCGGGACAUGCGAGCUUGACGCAUGCGCCGCUUGAACCCGCGAGGGGCCUCUCGGCCUACCGGGGGUCCGUGCCGGGGUUGCUGUGUCUGCCCGGUCGGGGGACAGGUGUCUCCUCGCGCCCGUUCGCCUCCAUGGGUCACCUCGGGCCCCUCAUGACCUUUGUCCCGGGGCCGUUCCGACCCAGCUUUGGCCGGCUAACGAGCGCGGAGGGCGCCCUGAGGCACUCUGUGACUCCCAACCUCGAAGUGUUGAGGCGGCUGAUGAGCAGUCGCACCCUCGCGGCCAUCGACCGCCGUUCGUCCUUCUUCUCGUGGGGAGAAAGGGGCCCAGGAGGGAGACUCUUGACGGGGCGACUCUUCACCCACGCUGGCACGGAUACGACCGAAGGGGCGGCGAGCGACGGCUUCCGGCUUCUCUCCAGUGGCACCACGGCUCUCGACUUCUUCGGAGGUCAGCCGACAACGCCCAAUUCGCCGCGGUUCUACAGCAUUCCUCCGCACAUGCACGCAACCACUUUUUAUCUUCCACGCAGACACAGCGGCGGAGGAGGCCUGGGAUUCCUAGGCGCACCCCCCGCUCUCACCCACCAGUUCCCUCCUGGGGCGACUGGUCUUCGGACGGCGGCGUCUUCGUUUUCUCUCGUCGCCGACGAAGGUCGAGAGAACGGAGUGCGUCAGAGACAGCGCACUGCGAGCGAGGCGAUGUCGGAGGCUCUGAGGCAAAGCGUCGCAAGGAACGGAGGGAACGGGCCGGCGGGGGAUCGCGAGGAAGGGAGAAGCGCGGCAGAUGUGCCACACGAGGGCCUCUGUCCCCAAAUGCGAGACGCUGACCUCGCAGGCGCAACAGGAGGGAAAGCGAGCGGGGUUUCCCCACACGACAGGAGUGACGGGGGUCUCGACACAGGGUCGUCUGUGUGCACGCAGACGCCAUCGCACCCUUUCGUCUCCCACGGGACGCCCGCUCCGCACUCGCCGUUCUACCCGUCGCCCACUGGCUCGCCGCCCUGCUUCUCGCACCUUUCGCCAGUGGCCCUCAAGGAGGCGGAGCAGGAGAAAGAGGAGGCUCUCGCCGCCUUCCUAGGUUUCCUGAUUGACGGCCCAGACGUCUUCGUGGCGGAGCGGGUCCUUCGGAUCGAGCAACUGUCGUCUCUGUGCCGCUACGUGAUGGUGAGAAGUCUGAAGGCGCUACUUCUCGCAGGCAUCUGCGGCAACGUUCCGAACAUUCGAAGCCGCGUCGCCGCAGCCCGGCAGGUGUAUCCGGCGCUGCCAUGCGAGGACGGAAAGAACUGCGGAGCUGGAAGCAGGAGCGAGACGCUGACUGCGAGGAAGAAAGGCGACGGGUCUCCAGGGUUCGCGUCUCCCGUCUCUUUCUCCUGCGUCGCCUUCUUUCAACCAUCGUUUCCUCUCGCCUCCCGCAAUCGACGCUCGACGCGCUGGCCUCUGCUCCUUGACCUGCUCGUCCCUGUGGCGUCCCGGAGCACCUCGGAACGGCAGACGCCGGCGACUGCGCCGAGCGGUGCGGCAGUGCGCUACGCGGGGUGGAUGCUCUUGAAACUUCUCCAUCGAGUAGGCUGCAUGCUGUUGGCUAGCGAGCCUGCGGCGACGGCGAGUGCCUCGCUGUCGGGCCUCCUGGAGGCCGAUGGGGGCAAGAGCGCUCUCCCCUCCACGUUGCCUGGCGAGAGCGGCAGGCCGUCAGGCGGCGAAGGACGCCCACACGAGCUGCCGCCGAAAAACGCGAGUGGCGAGAACGCAGGCGGGGCCGACAGGGGGCGUUCCUUCUGGAAGGUCCAGCCUCUCGCGGAGGCUCUGGCCGCGUCCCUCGCCGACGUCAUCAGAGUCGUGGCGGACUGGCACCUUUUCCACUCGCCGCCUCUGCUGGCGAAUCUCGUCGCCCCUCGCCUGCCGGGAGUGUUUGUGUGCCAGCCGUCCGACACUCUCUGGCUCGACUCGUGUCUACGGGUGCUAGCCUUGCACGUGUGUCUGAGGACCCCGCCGAUGGACUCGAGUGCGUAUGUCGUCCCGUUCCUGCGACACUUGCUCUGUCUGGCGUACCCGCCUCUCCUGCGGCGCCGCGACGCUGCUCGGCCCGCCUCGACCGCUGCAUCGCGCGCAGGCAGGGACGGCCACGGAGGAAGGCCCGAGGCGGAGAGGCUCCACGACAGCGAGAGCGACUCCGACGCGACGGAACGGCGCGGAAGGCUGCCCGGAGAGAAAGAGGAUCACGAUGAUGCAUGCGCGCCGAGAAGCGCAGCGGAGAACAGCUCUGGAGCCGGAACAGCCGCCUCACGUGUGCGCGCGCCGGUGCCGUUGGCGGCGGCGGUAACGGGAGUCGUCGUUCACUGGACAUCGGGGCUCGCCCGCCAGCAACGGAUUUCGCAUGCAGCGACGACGCUCAAGAGGGAUGGCUUCGACCUCCACUGGAAGCACAGUGCGAGAGGAGGCCAUACCUUUUCUCUGUUUGUGCAACGAAAACGGUCGGCCCCGUCCUUCACGCUGCCUGUACUCGAUCUGCGAGCCGUUAAACCCCUCAUGGUUCAUCCAGCAGACAGCUCCAGGGUCUCCGCCUCUUGUCUUCCCGUCUGUGCUCCGUCUUUUCCGGAGGUUCCCGUGUCGUCGGCGCCGGGCGUCUUAAAUGAAGAGGCAGGAACGGAGGCGGGUUUCCGGCCGGGCAGGGAAGGCCAGCCGUCGAGACAGCUCUGCCGAGUCCCAGAAGGCGCUGGCCUUUGGCUUCUCUCAGGACGCCCAGCCAGCGAGCCGGACGGUUUAGAAGAAGCGAUCAGCGACGUGCGUCUCGUGGUUGAACACGAGGCCCCCGCCGCGGCGACGACUUCCGGGGCUUUGUGUCUCGCGUUGACGAAAGGUGCGAGAUUGCCUGCUUCGCUUCAUCCGUCAAGCUCCGCCGCGCCCCCGUUGUCUCCUGAGGUUCUGAGGAGUCAGGGCUACACGGUAGAGACAGCCUUCCAGGUGGCCCCUGGACUGGUCUGCCACGUGUGGGUUCUCCGUGGGCCUUUCGUCUACCACGUUCCGCCUUCCGUGUCUGCCUUUUCAACGAACCAGAUGGCGGGCACCGAAUCGACCAGGGCGGCCGGAAUGUCUUCCCUCCCUUCCUUUCCCGCUCUUUCGCGAGGUGACGUACUCGAGACGCGUCCAAGCAAGAAUCUCCUGUCGCUUCUCCGGAGCGAGAAGCAUGAUCUCACCGUGGAAGGCGACCUCCAGAAGAGUAUCCGGAGGCGAGUUACGAUCUCCAGUGAGGGCGAAGGAGGCGACGGACCCGGCGAGGAUCUGCUGCCCUCCGCCUUGGCUGUUCUCGACAGUUCGAGGCCUCGUCCAUCUCCGGUGGAUCUCCUGGCCCCGAGGGAAGAGACAGACGAAGAGGGGAGAGAAGACAGUCGACGCAGCAGUAUGUUUGGCGGCCGAUGCAGCUGCAGCAGCAGUGACCACGGCGGCGGGCGUUCGGAUUCUUCGGACUUGUUUGCGCCGCAGACAUCGGCUGGGUUCCUCGGUGUCCAAGGAGACAGCAGUGGGGGCGGCGAAGCGCCUCUUUCACUCGGCCUCACUGCGGCGCCACUCGCGGCCGUGGAGGCCGGCCGGCGAGCCGAGGGCGAUGACGCGCCUGAGCUCGGAGAGGCAAAGAGACGCCCCGAUGCCGCGCCUUUGGCGCACAAACUGGGUGCCUCGCAAAGAAAGCAGCCGUGCUGCUCGGCCAUGCGGGAGUACCGUGGUGCAGCGAAGCUUCUCCAGCGACGAGGCUGGCAGCUGUUCAAGUCGACAGUGUGGGCCCUCCUGAGUGGCCUGGGGCCACUUGCGACUGAGCAAGAGGGAGACUCCGAAGAGAUGUGGGGCGACUUUUAUUUCUGUCGAGACCCCGAGCGGCGUCUCGGCGGGGGCCUGGAGAAAGGCGAAGAUGCACCGUGGAGUGUUUCCCAUCUGAGCGGCAAAGACGUGUCUCUGGAGGAGAUGAUUUCGGCCGCUGACGCUCGAGCUGCAGAGGGUCGGAGCGGGAGCAAAGGCGAUCUUCUCUCUUCGCCAGGGGUGGCCGUGGGGGGAAGCGUGCGCCCGCAGUCGACAAGGAGCGGCGAGAGAGAGAAAGUUCUUUCGAAGCGCGAGGAGGAGCAGCGCCAACGACGCGCAGUCGCCGCCGAGGCUCUGAAGAUGAUGGUUGCAGCCAUGAUGCGUUUGACGUCGACACUGGAGAAAGGAAAGCAGCUGCGGGAAGAGGCAGGGAGGAAACUGCAGGCGACGAAGACGGCUUCUGCCAAGCUCUGCCUUCUCCAACGCCACCAGGUUCACCUGCAUCUGGGCCACUCUGUCACAGGGCGCCGUGCGUCGUCGCCUGGAAGCAGCCGCCUGUCCAGCCGGAGCUUCUCCCGAGGCAACAGCUACGUCUCCGCGCUCGGCGCCUUGCCUCCGAGUUAUCUUUCCCACCGGCCCCGUUCCCUGGCACACUGGUUCAGAGAUCGAGGCGAGGUCCCUCCGAGAGGGAUGUCGCCGUCGAGAGCCCGCAGUGCGGUGGGCCCUCUGGCGACGGCCUUCGCAUCCAGUGAAGGAGCGGCCGUCGCGGCUUCGGCGCCGCCCAGCCAUCUCUCGAGUUUCUCGCGGGUGUCGUCGCAGGGCGACCGCCGAUCGAUAAGCUCUGGACUUGCAGGGGGAAUCGAGGAGGGACUUGCGCCGGGGUCUGCGCCGGAGCCCCGGGAAGAAAGGAAAGAGAGACAGGUGCGGCGCGGAGCGGACGCCAGGGACGACGACUCAGGGGGCGGGGACGAGGAGGGCCCCGCGUAUGCGCGGCUCCUCGCAGAGAAAAUCGCCGUGGCCCUCGAAGAAGCUGAGACUGCGGCACGCGAGGCCGACCUCGCUGUUGCACGAGCUCGGGCGGAGGAAAAGGAGGUUGACGCGGCGGAACUCUUUUUGGAACAGAUGCUGGAACUGCUGCUGGCGUGCGCCCAACAAAAUCGAGCGGCCGCCGUCCUCACAGUGGGAGUCUUAACGUCCAUCCGCGAAGCUCUCCUCGCGAAACUCGAGCCUCUCCUUCAGCAGGACAAGGUGCGAUCGACUCUGUAUCGUCUCCUCGUUGUGUGCGUCCGGGCCGUGCCUCCCAAUGUGACAGCUUUUUGCGAGGAAGACUUCGGAGGCUGGAGGCCUCGUGCGACUCUGCCACAAGACGCGUCCCGUCUCGGGGCGAGUCCGGGGCGAGGCCGCGAAAACAAGGAAGAGACAGGCGCUGCCCAGCCGUCGGUUUCCUGUGAACCGGCGAAGGGUAGCGAGCAAGGCGAUGGAGGGCACGGGCCCCGCGGGACAGAAGACCCCGCUGGACACAUCGGCGGCGCCAGGGAAGCCGUCCCGAAACCUCCCGGUGAAAGGGAUCGCGGCCAGGACCUUGAAAAGAAGCCGCUCUCGCGAUGGCUUCCGGCUCUUCAACCUCUCCAUCCUGCGGGGGCGUUGGCGAGCUGCGGCCCGCUUGUUGUCCUGGAAAGCCCUGCAGAAGAAGACGAGUCGGAAAAGGCCUCGAUUCGAGAGUCCGACGCCUGUCCGCAGCCGUCGGUUGUUUUUACGCACUCUGCCGUUCCCGUGGCGUCUUCGGCCGUCAUCACCCAGGAGUUGCCAAGUGAAAACUCGUCUCCAACUCUCCUGCCUGUGCUUCCUUCUAGUGAUCCUAUUCCCCCUCUUUUGGGACUGAGCGGUGCGUCUCAUCCUGCUGGUGCGCCUGUGCCGACGCAGCCGUCUUCGCAAAGUUCGGACCGCCAGACGUCUUUGUCCUCUUCCUCUGCAGAAAGCACCGGCAGUUGUGGAGUUCUCCCGCUGUCGCAUUCGACAGAGGGCGUCUCCACGGAGGCAACAGGGGAGGCCGGUGCGGCAGGUGGAGCCCGAAGCGAACGGGGACAGGUUGAGGACCUCCAGCACCCACCUGGGGGGGUCUCUGGAUUUGAGUGGACCGAAGGCGAAAGAGGAGAGACCGGGACUGGACAGAACGCCGCAGUCGAGCCCUUCCCGCCUCGAGCUGACCCCCUGUUACUUCUUCUCCGAGACCCUCCUCGCCCCGCCAACCAUCCAGGGACUCCUCAGGCCGGCUCCGGGACCGGGCCCUCGGGGUUGUCUUCCUCUCCUGGCUUUGCCUCCGUCCCAGUUCUUGCGCCGGGAUCCAGCUCCAGUGCGAGUCUCCCUGCACAGAGCCCCGCGGACCCUUCGGCGGUGCUCGAGAGCUCUCUGUCGAGUCCAGUGGACCGCCUGCAUCCUCUGAGUAGGCGGAUCGGCAGCGACGGGUGGGACGAUUUGGAGUCUUCGUCGAUGCCUUUUCCUUUUCUGCGCGCUCAACCGGUUCCCGCCAGCCUUCCCGUGGCGUUUGUUUCGGCACCCGCGUCGCAUGCGCCAGUUUCGGUCGCUCCUCCAGCGAUCGCGCUUUCGCGGGGCCCCACAGGUUCUCCGGCAGGCUCCAGCGGCGCUUCGCCCGCUGCGCCCGCCCCCCUCCAGUUCCUUACUCCACCUCUUCCGGCGGUUCCGAAUGGAGGCCUUGCUCACCCGCCUCCCCAGCCGGCGCCCGCUUCUGGGGUCGGUUAUGCUGCGGGUGCACACGUUGAACCUGCGGCCGCGCCGUCGGCAGCCUCCGCUUUCGAGGGGCUGCCGCAGUCCGAGAUCUUUGUUUGUUCCCGAACGGGGCCUGAUUUCGAGGCGGAGGUCAUCGAGAGCCGAACCCUGCACGUUCUGCGCGCCAGGGAUCUCGGCGGCGUCGUUCUCUGUCGGGCGCCGUUGACCUUCCCGGCGCUUCAGGUCGACGACGAAGACAGCACGCCGCCAGACAUCUUGAACUUUCGAGUCCUCACUUCCGGCCGCUUCGGUGUCACAGUUGCUCCUGCGGACUGCGUCUUGUCUAACGCGCAAGAAGUGUUUGAGAGGAACGACGUGGUCGGCUUCAGGACGGAGAGCUGCCCGCCGUACGCCCACAACGUUUUUGCGACGCACGUGCCCUACCAGGAAGGCGACUACCUGUCUGUCAAGUUCAACGUCGAUCUGCAGCCGAACGGCCAGCGAUGUCUCCACACCGAAUUGCACGUGUCGGGCGAGAGCAUUGGGUCGGUCCUCGAGGUCUUCUUCGACGUGGAGAGCCAGGCUGAGCAACACCGGCGCAUGAACCUGGUGUUUGUACUCCAGGAUCCUCUGACCAUCGUCUACGAGGGCCCGCCUUUCACUCUCGACUUUGUUGACCCCACCGCCGGCUUCGCCGCCGUAGGAACUGCCUUACCAACUCUGCCGGCUGGUGCCGCUGGGGAGGGCGCAGGCCCGAGUGGGGCGGACGCGGCGGAGACUGGAGGGCCUGGACCCGAGGAGGAGGAGACGGAAGAAGAGCCGGGGAUGAAGGAGUGGAGAUGCCACAAACCUCUCUUCAUGGACUCGCUGAGACUCUACCAGGCGAUUCUCCUCUCAGAAAGCCACGCGAUGCGCCGUCUCCGAGGCGAAAUCCUCACCACUUUCCUAGACGCCUUCAGCGCCGCAACCCGCGCGGUGGAGACCCUGCAGACCGCGCUUGAGGCUGAGAAGAAAUGCCAUCGAAAACCAGGAGCUGGGCGUCUGCGGACGCGCAGGGGAGGCUUCCAAGAGGCCGCGACGGCCAGCCCGAUCGUGGCGCCGCAGAUGCGGAUGGGGACGGACGGCGAGCUCGCCGAAAUCUUGCCGCACACGCGAGACGCUGACGGGGAAACAGGCCCCGCCCCCGGCCGGAGAGACAGGAGCAGUCGCCCAGGGGACAUGACGUGGGUCAGCGAGCGCCCGGCAGCGUCUUCUGCGCGACGGCCGCCAGACGGGGAAGAGGAGGAAGCCGGCGCCUCUGCGGCACGUCGCGAGCACCUCGCCGUCCGCCACCAAAGUGCGGCAGACACGAGCCCCGCCGGGGCCCCCGGCUCGGAAGGCCAACCCUCGAGUUUCCACAUGCGGGCCGCGAGCUUCUCGAGGACUCAGGGAAGUAGCGUAUCGCCGCUGCUGGCGGAGUUUGGGCCCUCCGGCACCCCCGACACCGUGUCGCGAUUAAGGCGGUUCUCGACCUGCUCCGCGCUCUCGAUUGGGCGAGGCAGUGUCGGCUUCCCGCCAUUUCCGCCGUCGUUCGACGCAAGGGACGCGGGCCCCGGCGAAACGCCGUUGCCGGCGGAAGCCGUCGCGGACUGCUGCCGCGCGCUCUCUGCAUUGGCUGUUCUCGGCUGUGCAGUCGAGGAGACAGAUCAGGGCGACCUCGCGGCACUCCUUGGGGAAUCUACAGAAGACGGCGAGCCUUCGGGCGCGAACCGAGCCGGGAACAGUCGCCCUUCGGCAGGGAGUGGUGGACGAAGUUGCGAGGGCGGGCCGAAACGCGACAGCGGGCUGUCUCCGGCCGCAAAGAGGAGGCAGAGGGAAGCGUGGCUGCCUUGGCUUGUGGGUCUGUCAAACCUUCGAGGGGCUGUGGUCUUUGGGCUCCGACCCUCGGAGUGUCUCCUCCUGCUGGCGCAGCUCGUUCGCCUGCUCACGGCGCCGCCCAUCGAGACGGCGCUCAGGGAACUCGCCUUGAAUGGGCAGCUGACGGCGCGGUCGAAGGAGGAGCAAACAGCGCUUUCUCUGACCUUAGCUCUGGGGAGCAAAGCUGUCCUUGUCGAGUGCCUCCUCGUGCGAGCACUGCUCGCCAUGUUUCCUGAGGGGCGACGCCUUGGUGUGGGACACAGCCAGCUGCGCGAAUUGCUGCAGAGCAGAGACAGCGCAGCCUCGACGGGCGGAUGGAUGAAAGAGGUCGGCCGCGAUUGCCUGACGGACAUGCAGAGCUGGGAGGAGGUUUUCGAGGGGCUUCUCGACGUCGUCCAGAACUUCUGUCUGGUCUCCGCGGGGCUCUACUCCCCUAUCUUAGAGCGUCCAACUGAAGGCGAGGUGGUUGCCCUCAUGCGAAGCAGCCGUCGAACUGCGGGGCUCGCCUCGUGGGGAGGACGCGGCGGCGAAAGCGAAGAGGGCGGGCUCGAGAGGGGCGAGAAAGAGCCGUUCACGCCUCCGUGCGGCCCGUUCUUUCCGCCCUCUCCGCUCACUUCUUUCGCCUCUUCGUCGUCUGGGUUCGCUGAAUUUUUUGCGGGCAACUCCCACUUCUUCUCCUUCUCUUCCGAAGAUUUCUCAAGUUCCUCUAGCACGGAUAUCUGCGCGUCCUCGCCCGUCGCUCUGCCUUCGCUGGGAGGUCCCUCGCCUUCGUUGUCUUUCCCGAUCUCGACAGAGACAGAAGGCGGCAGCGACGCGCUGCGCCAGCUUCGGAUCGCCCAGGAGACUGCCGCCCCUCCAGCCGAAGGGACGGCCGGGGCUGCGCCCAAGUUGCUCCGUCUCGGCGAGAUUGCACGACUCGCGGGUGUCCCCGAAGAAGUCCUCCGCAUGGACAGCCUCGGCAGCCCCAUGACGAUUGCCCAGCCCGUUAUCGCCAUCGAGGAAGUCUCCGUUGUGUGGCGGUGGCUGUUCCGCGUGAACGAGGCGUGGCACGCGUUGGUGGAAAGUGCUGAACUCGAGAGAAGCGCCGAGCCGCGCGAAGAAAAGCGCGGACGGCGAGGCCACGAGCAGACAGGAACGAGGGAAGACGACUCGGGGCCUUGGUCCGCAGAGAAAAGCCCGAGUAAGAGACCACAGACUCACAGGUCCCCCCAGAGGGCGGACGAGCUUAUGAACGCCGAGGGCUGGUCAACGCAGAUCGAUGGAGUUGAGGUGAAGACGAGAGAAGCCGGAGAGAGAGAGGACGAAACAGAAGAGGGGAAGGCCCACAAGGAGACAGGAGGGAGGGAGAGGCUGCAUCCCUCUGUUUCAGAGCGAGCUUUUUCGUUCUCGAGGCGAGGAAGAAGGAAACACGAAGAACUCCUCGUCUCUUCGUCCCCGUUCCCUGCACAUCCACUCUUCUUCCUCAUGCCUGAGCAACAGGAGGGCCAAAUGUUUACAGAGGAGGCCCCGGAUGUGCGUGUCUUCAACUUGGAGGGAUCCGCGCCGUUCUGGUCCCGCCGCACGGCUGCCCGUCUCGACGAGUCACCGGCGCGAUGGGCGAUUCGAAAGGACUUCCUCUAUCUCCUCUGCAGUCUCGCCGGGUUCCUGCCGGACCUGUUCAGCAACCGGCUGUUGCGAGGCAUCAAACCCCGCGCUCACACCUCGCAAGUGCCGUCCUACUGUCCCCGCACGGUAGACGACGUGGGGACUUCAGCUGCGCUCCCGGAGGCUCUGAACAUUCUCCGCCUGUUCCGCAUCUGCAUAUAUUUCCUGUCUCGCGAGAAAGAGGACAACGCUCCCGACUACUGGCACAAGUAUCGGUACCAAUUGACGCUUCCGGACGCCUCGGCGAAGACAGACGAGAACCAGAAGUCGUUCUUCAAGGAGAUUGACGAGUACAGCGUGCUGGCGGAUCCCCUCUUCGGCUGGCAGCGGGUCUUCUACCGAGCGAUCGUGUCCUGGAAGGAACGGAGAGCCGUGAUGCGGCUCCACCGUCUUCUUCAGACUGAGCAGCUGUUUCACCUGAUUGGAUCGGUGGGCCAGGUGCUCGGCAACAAGGGACGAACAAAGAAGUCACCAAAGUAUUGCGCACUAGCGCCCUCGGUCUUUGUCGCUCACUGGUUGCUGGACACCUUUGUGCGCCACCCGCUGUGCCCGGGACCGCUCCGACGGGGCCUCGUCUCGCCUUUGGCUUGGAGUGGGCUCUUUGCUCUCCUGUGCAACGGAUCGAAUCUGCCGAUGAAGCUGGGCCUCGACGCGGCGCGCCUGACCUUCUGGAUGGUUGCGCGGCACACGGGGAAAGACGGCGCUCGUUUCCGCGACGAAGGCGAAAGACGCGUUGGAAGGAGAGGCCGCCGAGGCAGAGAGGACCCGGAGGGCCUCGAGAGAGGGACAAAGACACGCGGAAGCCGACGCUCGGGAAGGAAGGAGGACGAGAAGCGAGAGUUUGUCAACAGUUUGGACCGGCGAGGGAGCGAGAUCCGGUGCGAAGAGAGCGAGGAAACGGGACGCGAAAUCGGCCGGGAGACAUGGAGGUCUGUCGGAGAUUCGCACGUGCACAGGAGAACAGGACGAGGGGGACGACGCGAAUGGAACUGGGAAGAAGUGUCGUAUCGCCAACGGCUACUGCAGGAACUCCUUCAGCGAUACCAAGAUUGCCUAACGUACUGUGGGGCGUCACUUGUCGAACACCUAGAGAAACCGAACAGCUGGAAAGCCGCAAGCGUGGACUGCUUUACCGGGGCGGAUAUGAGCCGCCAGCAUGUCAGGUAUCGGACGAACGCAGGUUUCCUGGCCCACUAUUUGGCCUGUGCAUGCGUGGUGAUACGUGGCGUGCCCUCGCUCGGCGCGAAUCUCUCGUGGCUGCCUCUGAAGCACGCGGCCCCUUUCAUCGACCUCGUGGACUACCUGGCCGUCAGCGGACGGGUCGGUGCGGCCGCCUGCUUGCCGACUCAAGGUGCGCAGGAAGGUCAAGGCGCCAGGGCCGAGGACGCACACGAGGAGCCUGCAUCCGGGGCCAGCAGGGUGGAGGAAGUCGACGUGGAAGAGCCGGUUGAGAAGCGGGAGGGGCGAUUGACUGUGGACGCGGAGGAAAGAGCACCGUCCGCCGGAGAAGGCGCAGAAGAGCGUAGAGAAGAAUGGGUUCGCGCGAAGGACGCCGAGGUGGACGGAGACAGAGACUCGGGUUGGCACCAGGCCGACGCCCGUCUGGACACGAUUCGAGGGCCUCACAGGAAACGCCGGAAGAGCGGAAGAAAUGUAGAACUUUCCAUCUUCCCAGCGUCGGUUUUGCAAGCGACUCACGCUCUUCCUCAAGCCUGCGCGCUGCGAGAGCACGUACUUGUCCUUCCUGGUGUGGGGCGAAUAGCGGGGGCUCGCAGGACGACGCUGACUCUGUCCAUGGAGGUCGAUGGAGACGACAACGAAUCAGGCAGCGAAGGUGAAUCGUAUUUCGCUCGAUCUCGGCGCACGGCCACCUCUGGUGUGGCGCCUGCGGCGUGGGAAGACGACAUCGAGCCGUUUGGUUCCCGGAAAACCCCGAAGCUCCUGGUCGCAGCCGACCCCCUUUUCCGUUACAUCCUCGCAGAACUGGACGCAGGAACAACGCAUUCUGCCUCUUCUUCGCACGCGCGGGUGUGGGAUGUCACGGUGAGCAGGGGACUGACUGACGAAACGAGCUUGGAUGGUGCUCGCGUCGCCUCUCUGGAGCCAGGCAUGGAGUCGGGAUCUUUCCUCCAGGGCUGGGCCAAGACACAGCGCAGCGGAGGCCUGACGGAAGUGUCCGAGUCCGACGUCGAUGGAAGCAGUGCAGCAAGCGAAGGAGACACCGAAAGGAUAGAGCGGGCCGCGUUUGGCUUCGCGUUCAGACCCUCGCGCUUGGGCUCGCAGCCUCGAUCUGGAAAGACCUCGUCCACACCGUCUCAUCUGAUUCUUCGAAAUCUCCACGCACCUGCGCGGGGCAUUUCGUAUGCCGUCUCGUCCCUCCCGCUGAUUUGCGGAACGUCUCGCGGCCACUGCGAACUUUCCUUCUCUCUCGACUGUCCCGAGUCGCCCUCGUCGUUCCGGCUUCUUCCGGAAAACGCUCGAGAGCCGUGUGGCGAUGGCGCUGGCCGGGCGGACGCCCUUGGAGCUUCUGGAGGCUGCGCCUUCUCGGACUGGCUGACGCUGGAAGACCCGACAGUCUUUGCAGCGACAGCUUGGCCUCUCAGCCGCGUCUUCGUCGGCGUCGUGGCGGUGCGAUCGCGGUCAGACCUCGAAAGUCUGCAGCGCGGCGACUGGGACGGCACCUCGCAUGCGGCCCUCCUGCAGCUGGCGUCCAAGACAGUCUGCUCGGGAUUCGCGUCUGCGCACGCCACUUCUCUCGCGAAGGCGACAAGGGAAGCGCGAACGCGGGAGCGCGACGGUCUUCAGAGCCCACGAAGAGCCCACCGAGACGGCAACCGGUUCCACCUCCCGAAUCGCCAGUGGACGCUCCAGGGCACCAUGGCUCCUACAGCAGGAAGUCUCCUCCGCGAGUUGCUCCCGCGCCAGCGCGGCACAGGAAGACACGAAACAGGGAACGCAAUGGUUUCUUCCCGACCCCAGAGAAAGCGUGGAAACGAACGCGGUCGGGCUCCGUGCGGCAGGGUUCGUGUUUCUCUGCUGACCGCGGGGAGACACGUCACGUGGGUGGUUGACGGGGCCGUGGCGGCUUGUCAGACUCUGCCCCCGUGGUGCUCGCGACUUCUUCCUGUUCUCGUCGUCGCAGCGUCGAGUAAGCGAAAUGGAGCGGAGGGUCUGCCCACCUCCGCAGCUGCGGCCUUCUGGUCGCAGGUCGGACUGGCGGUCGCCUUCGAGGCCCCAGAGACGGCGACAGCGGUCUGCCCCGCCAGCACGUCCGUGGCUUCCGCACCGCGCUCGCUUUCUUCCCUCCUCUCUCGCGGCUUCUCUGCCAACGUCCUUUCGCUUCCCCUCAAUGAAUUGUUCUACCGCUUCGAGCCGGCCCCGGUCUCUCGCCUGGCGCGAUGGGCCUGCAGCUCCGCUUCGGAGACCAGUUCCUCCCAGGCGGACAACCGUGGAGUGUGGGGUGCGGCCGGAGACAAGGGAGGGAGACAGCGGCAUGCGGAUAGCUUGCUGGGAGAAGCCACGCAUUGCCUCAUGCUCGUGGACGGCACGAUGCCCUCUGCAGACUCGCCUCUUGCGGCAGCUCUCCAAGGCGUGAAGGUGCACACAUGUGGAGACGUAGUCUACCUCUCCACGAGGGCGUCGCCUCUCGCUCUUCUCCGAUCUCGAGCCGCGCAGGGAGCGGGCGGCGUUUCCAGCGUGGCCUCGGGAACGUUCCUGACGCAGGCGAACCGACUGUCGAAAGCGAGUCACGGCAGUUGCCCCUCCACCUCUGCGUGCGCACUGCCGUCUCGCGACCCCAAGGCAGCGAGCGCCUGCCGAGGCGCGGCCUUGGCGGACGCGACAGGCGCUGCUGACGGAGGCCCGGCCUUGCUUUCAUCUGAGCGGACGCGCCUGUUUGGGGAGCACCAUGCGGAAACUGUCUCCGUGCCGGCUUUUCCCGACGUGUCAACCGCUUCAGGUAGCCCGUCCGCGGCCGGGGCCUCUCCUGCGAAGAAAGACAAAACGACGCUGGCGUCUCGGACAACGACGGGUCAGGAAGAGCCUUCCUCCGUGGAAGCGAACCUGCCUCUGUGGGCCUUGGUCUCCCCAGAUCUGCGCGUCCGCAGCGGAGUCUCUGUGUCUCCGCCAAAGGGCGGCCCGGUCUCUUUCGGGUCCUACGGAGUGUGGCGGUGGGUCGAGGCUGGACAGGCGCAGCUUCUUCUUCCUGCGCAGUCGGCAGGCAUUACGAGUUCGGCGUGGCCGCAUUCAGGGACAUCGGGCACGCUGGACGAGCGCGAAGGUGUCCUGGCCUCACGAGCUCUCUGCCUCUUUGGAGAAGGGACCGGAGACGCGGAGGUAGAGACCGAGAGACUGCCGACCAGCUCCCUCGGGGGCCCACAGCCGAUGGGAGCUGUUCUCGGUCCGCAGGCGUCACUGCGAGAAAGCGUAGGCCGACCGGAGAGCCCCGAGAGUGACGGCGUCGUCCCGCCGACGGACCGCUUGCCAUCGGCGCUCUUCCACUUUUCCGCCUCUCGCCGUGGAGCGGCAGGCACCUCCAGAGCCCUCGUCCCCGGUGUCGUCGUCCCCUCGGGCCGGAGAAUCGUUGGCGCUCCGUGGCUAGGUGAGGCGGUCCACCCGGCACUGCCUUUCUCGUUCGGAUGCCGCCUCGCUUCCAGCCUCGAGAAACUCGCACGAGGCUCGAGAGGUGAAGUCGGCGAGCAUCCAGCACAGCUUCCCAGCGAACAUUCGCCACACCCGGAAACGACGCCGUCAGGUCCUCUCGCCGUGGGAGUCGUGUGGGGCUGCUGCCGGUGGCUUUGGGUCAGCGAUGGCCGGCUGAUUUGUCCGUGGGAUGUCCCCACAGUCCCCGAACUCCGUCUCUUCUACAAGCGGCGAGAGAAGGCCUUGGGACGGCGCAGCGGGAGUGAGCAAGAAGCCGCUGACCCUUCCGCCCCGUCCCUGGCCACGACAGGGUUGCAGAAAGGCGGAGGGAGAGAAGGGACUGCCCCGCUGCCUGCGUGGCGCGAGGCGCAAGUCCCGUGUCCGGGCUUCGAGGACGGAGACCACGUCGCCGUUGAGUUUGUUCCCGCGAUUCCGGCCCUGCUCUUUUUCCGGAAUGGCAGCUACCAGUUUGGGUUCCAUUUCGAUAGUUUCUACCGACUGGCGGAGCGCCGAAGAGUCCGGCACUCUUUGGACUACUUCUUUGCCGUGUCCGGCCCGAAGUUCGCCCGAGGCGACUCGCCACGGAAAAACCGCAAACGGACCUCUUCGCCUCGAGCCGGGAACCGAACCAACCCUGGGUCUGGCCGACGGGACGCCGCGCCUUCGGGACUGGGGACAGCGCGCGAGACAGGCGGAACUGCUGGCGCCGGAGGGGCUCAUCACGGCUCUUCCCUUGUCGCUUCCGUGGGACUUCAGGACAGCGCUCUCGAGAGCCCUGCGUCGCCCGUGUCCUGCACACCCAAGGACAAGGCAUGCGUUCUCUACAAGUCACCCUUGGACCAGUACGAAAAAGAGGGAACCGGCGUGACGCUGCUGUAUCGGGGCUUGAAAGAGGGCCUGCCUCAGUUGGUCGCCCACUUCAUUGCGUUGCAUCCGGGGCUCCUCGAGGAAGCGGAUCUCCUGGCGAGUCCCUGUUCGGCGAGUAUGAGUGCUAUCGAGGCAUCUUUCCUCGGCACCUUGCCUCCGGGCAGCCGGCUGCCGCCGCUGCUUUCUUCGUCUUUCUCCGGCGCGUCUAAGCGCCACCGCGAUCCGUUCCCCUCGCCGACGCCUCCGUCCUUUCCUGGCCCCGAGGAAGCGUUGGACGAGAGUCCCCUGUGGCUCGCCGUCGUCUCGAAGAAUGAAGAAUGCGUGCGUCUGCUGGUCGAGGAGGGCGGGUGCUCGCCCGACGGGACGACGCCUGUCUCCGCUUUGCGUGCGUCCAUGCUCGGGACACCUGGCGCCGCCGCUGGGCCCCUUCCUGCCGACGGCGAGACGCCGCUCAUGGCCGCUGCAGAGACAGGGCAGGCAGUCCUGGUUUCGCGAUUUGUGUGUGUGUACGGCGCGAACGUGAACAGGCGGGAUGCUCGAGGCAACACACCAUUGCACCGCGUGUGUCUCCAAGCGCUCGCUCUCGACGACCAGCUGUCCCCAACCCCACAGCGUGACGCCGCACGCGGUUCCGGAGGCAACGCUGCAAACCCUGCACAAGCCGCGACGCCGCCCGCUGCCCGAGCCGAGGCCAACGCCGCUUCCAGUCUCUCUGGAACGCUUGGGUUCCCGGACGCUCCCGGCGGGGUGCCCGCUGGAGGGAGACAGGCGCUGGCGCAGCCCAUCCCGCGGCUGUCUGCCUCAGACGCAGACGGCGACGACAGUGGAGCUGGACGCGGUCCAGGAGCCCUCGGCGGUCGAGGCGGGUCUGGAGGGUCGCCGCUCUCUGCAGGCGGGUCUCAGGACUACAGACAGAGCGAAGGUGGAAUGUCGACAGCCGCAAGUCCAAGUGCUGAGAGUAGGAGGGAGAAGAAAAAGCAGGGAACGUUGUGUGCGUCUACGGAGGACUGGUACAACUGCGUCGACAUGGCGCGCCUGCUUCUGCAUCUAGGGGCGGAUCCCGAGGGCAAGAACGACGAUGGCUUAAGGCCUCUUGACCUUCUUCAGGCCACCCGAGGCAGCAGCGACGGCGAGAAGGCUGCGGCGCGGAGACAGGGAAGGGCCGACGGAAAAGAAGAAGCAGCGCAGGGAUUGCGCGCCAGAGGAGCGGAGGACGUGUGGGGUUCUGCCUUCGACUCCGAGGAAGCCGAAGCGAGCGGAAACGCGAGUGACCAGCUAAGGCGUUUCCUAGCCACGUGGACGGCCCUGUACCAUGGCGGGGGAGGCAGCGGAAGGAGAGCUGAGCUGAAGAGGCCGAUGCCCGUCCCUGCGGGAGCGGCGGGGCCCACGAGCGGGGCCGCAGAGGGUCGGAGUUACGUGGGUUCUCGGGUCUCUUCCUGCUUGGAAAUCACGCAAGACUUCGCAUUUGACAGCCAAGAAGCGUUCACCUCGCCGUGCGCUCCUGCGUCGGGCCGCUGGUUUGGUCUUCUGGCCAACUGCCUCCCCGUCGUCGCUCUUCCGCUGCCAGCGGCUUCCCCGGUCGAGCCUCGAGAUGGCGCGGGAGACGCAGAAGCUGAUCUCACGUCGUCUCGAAGGGCUUCUCUGAGCUUGUCCUUUUCUUCGCGCAGCAGGUGUUCCUCGCACUCGGGUCACGACACAGGGAGGUCGCGAGAAGAGUCAGGCGAGCUUUUCUCUUCGGAAGAAGAAAGUUGCCGCCUUUCUUCGGCGUGGCCAUCCGAGUCAGCCGUCUUAGGACCAGCGGCCAUCCUCGAGAAGUUGGAGAUUGACGGGGAGGUCUGGGGCGGGCACGCCAAGGCCAGGGAGGGGUCGUCUGCUGCAGACAUCGUGGGCCAUCUGCUCGACGUGGCGAGAUCCCCAAGUGCUGAGGCCCUGAACCUCACCCCUGCUGCGGAGACGCGAGGGAGAGACGAAGAGGGAGGAAGAGACGCACACGCAGCAGGCCAGGCAGAGGAGCAAGUCCACGCGAAAGGGGAUGAGGAAGGUGACCCAAGGUCGUUUGUGAGUCGUUCUUCUGCUCCGAUCCUGUCUUUCCAGUCGGCCGGGGCAGAUCCGUCUCUCUCGUCCCGGGGUCUCAGCUACUCGCCGCCGGAAGGCCUUGUCAGCUGCGGAGUGGUACGAGGACUUCUUCGAGAAGUCGCUGGUUUCCUUCUUCAAGAAUUUCAAGAGUGGAAACGAAGCGAGACCGACCCCACAGUCUCAGGAGGGUCUUCAUCUUCGUGCGGCCAUUCUACUCCUGGCCUGGGUCACCAGAACCGAAGCGGAUCUCGCGGCACAGCUCCUGCUCGGGGCGAAGGAGUCGAUCAGCAGGCUCUCUCGUCCCCAACGUACGCCUCGCUACCUCACGGAUCCGUGGCGCAGGGCGCGUCUGGGUGCACUCCGGGCGGCGACCCGUCUCAGGCUGGAGAAGAGUCGCACCAGGGGUUCGAGGAAAGGCUGGACCAGGCAAUUCAGGCUACGGAUGCAAUCAUCGAGAUGAUCGGGUCGGCGGCAGACUGCGAAGCCCUGCGGAGCUGUGCCCAGAGGAUUGUGAAUCUCCUGCGUGUGCUAGUUGGCGACCCGCACUUUUUGCGGGAGUCCCCAUUCCGCUUGUCGCCGGCGCCGACUGCCAGCGUUCAACUGCCUGCCGAGGGCGGAGGCGGUGGCGGUCUGCCUGCCACGUCUUUGCCUCGGAGUCGCCUUCAGGAGCCGUUGACAAGCAAUUUGAGAAGCCUGGAAGUGUCUCUGGAUGCGUCGCGGACUCUCCAGGAUUUGGCGUGGGUCGUGCUGGGCCUGGAGAACAUCGUCGACGUCCUCGGAGAGGCUGGCUCAGCCUCCGCGUCGAGUGAGUCCUUGCCACCGGUCCCUGUCUCUCACCCGCUCCCAGGAUCUUUCCGCCACCAACCGGACGUCCGCGUUCCGCGCCCGCCUUAUAGUCGGUCGCGCCGCGUGAGUUGGCGGAGGCGCCUGGCCUCGCAGCUGUCGGUGACGCGCUCGAGCGGCGGCCCAGGGGGCCUCUCGUGGACGCCGUGCGUGGGUGGUGCAGAGAUCUCUUCCCUUCUCGGGGUGAACUGCCUCGAGGGCGUCGGGUCGGAGAACACGUCGAGCCGGUCGCCGUCGCCUGGCGCCUCUCACAAUGCGCUCUGGGGCUCUUUGUGCGCGGGAGCAGUCUCGGCCUCCUCUCGGCGACACAACGAACAUGGGCGUGGGACCUCGCGGGUUCCCGAUCCGCUUGGGUCUCUCGAGUCCGGGGGAACUGGCGUGUGGCAGGAUUGCCCGAGACAGGCCUUGAAGCGUCCGCAGUCCUGUGGAGGGCCUUGGCGGUCGUGGUCUGCGUCGUCGGCGGUCGCGUCGCUCCAGAGGUCUCAGCUACGCGAAGAAACGCACGGGACGGGGGACGCGCCGCAAACGGUGAUUCUCGACGUGCAUGUGCGGGUCGGAGCAGAAGAUUCCGUUCUUCGACAACUCAUGAUGGCCUGGCCCCUCAGUUUAGAUGUCUCUCUACGGGAGACACUGGACCUCCUCGCGCCCGAUCUGGCUGCAGGGCGCAGUGCAGGAGAGGACCAGGGCGGCUGCGAAGAAGCCGAAGCGUUCGCGGGCAUCCCAAAGACAGAACCAGAGAUGCUUGACUUCUUCAAACGCGUCGCAGACGGGCUGUGGACGAUCGAGGAGGACCGCGAGGAGUUGCUGCAGCGCCUUGAAAAGGGCCUGCCGAAGAAGAAGAUCUUGUGGAAAAUCCAGGCUUUAGGUCCGGAGGAGGCUCUGGAACGCGCAACCUCCCUCAGACGAGCUGUGUGGAAAAUGAUGGAGACAGCAGUUCAUCGUUCCCCAGCUCUUCCGCACUCUCCCGCAUUCCUCUAUCGCCUCUUCACUCACCUGCUGGUCCUCCGUCUGCGUCUUCUGGUACGCCUCAACGCAGCCGCGCUGCGAGCGGUUCCUCUCGUGGCCUCGGUGUUCAACUCCCCUAGUCUCGAACAAGACUUUCACGGUCUUCUGACAGGCGAUCCUUUCGUGUUUCUCCACGGAGCGGCCAGACGCUUGCUGCCCUGGCCACGCGAUGCAGACUCCGGGGAUUCCGGAAGAAGAAACGGCCGGAGAGAAGGCACAUUCGACGCUGUCUCUGGCGGCGGGGACAAAACUCGAGACGGGAAGCGAAGACCGGGCCGCGGAUGUGGAAGACGCAUGCACUCCAGAAGAAGCGAGGAAGGAGGCAGAGCGUUUUCCCCAACUGCGCGAGCCGCUGCUUCGUUUUAUGCGCACACGAAAAUGGUAGUUCAAGCAGGACCGGGGGACCUUCCAGUGCAAUUGUCCGUCUACCUCUUCAUGAGACCUGUUUUGACGUCGGAGACGAUCUCCGCUCUGUGGGGGCGAGCGUUAGAGCGGGUAGGCGUCCCGUCUCAUGACAUUCCGGCCCUUCGGCUCGAUCGCGGACUUGCCGCGACCGCAAAGCAUAUCCUCCACAGCAUGUUAUACCAAGCCACCGUGCAGCUGCUCGCCUCCCAUGUGAACCCGAAUAAACUCCGAGGGCGACCUGGAGAUCGGCCGUUCAUGGUCGUGUUCAAGGGGGAAGGCGCAACCGACUUUGGAGGGCCCUUCCAGGAAUUCUUGUCGUGUGUCGGCCGAGAGAUCAUGGGCAGUCUCGCUGAUGCCCCCGACGGAAAUCUUCCGAAUUUCUCGCCGUGUCUCCCCUGUCCGAAUGCCGCGCAUGCGAUUGGACCCCACCAAGACACGGUCCUGCUCCGGCCGGACGACCUGCCGAACAGUCCCGAGCCUCAGCUGUACUUCCGUGGAGAGAUUGAGGCUCUGCAGGGCGAGACCAGAAGUGUGAAUGCGGGAGAAGAGGAGGGUGUCGGCGACGGAGCGAGAGAGGACGUGGAUUCCGACGAGGUACCACCAGGCAGAGAGAGGCGAAGCGGAUUCAGAAGGGAGGACCAGGUUAGCGAAGAGCGACACACUGACGAGGCGCCCCGUGAGCCUGCAAACGGGGACACAGAAGAUGAGGGAUCCAGCUCCGACUGUCCUUCUGUGUCGAGUGGUGGAAGUCUGUCUGAAGGGUCGAGCGAUGACGGAGACGAGGAAACCGGGCUGCCUGAUCCAGAGGGCGUCAGCCGGGAUGCAGCAAGAGUCGAGCCUCAAGACUCAGCCGCCUCGGCUACUCUCGCCACUCUCGAUUUACGGCGCGAUGACACCGGCGAGUCUGCGCACCCCGCCUCUCUCGACGCCUGUCCUCUCACCGAGGCGCUCUCCCCGCUCCUCGCGGUCGUGGCGUCUCGAUCCGAAGGGGAGCACCCGGCGGCGGCAAGCGCUGUCCGAUUGCUUUCUGGCGACGCCUUGAUGCGGGGUGGUGCAACUGCCUCCUCGUCCUUCUUCCGCUCGUUCUUUUCCUUGGAUAACAUCUCUCUCCAGACUUCUCAGCGGCGAAGAAGAGGCGCCUGUCGCCCUCUGUCCUGCUUCGACCCUCUCGAGAUCUCUCCUGUGGGGGCGCCUUGCCGAGAUAGGCGCACACGCCGCGACUCCGGCCCGAACGGGCGCCUUCCGGCGGUUUCGUUUCUCCCCGAUUCGCAGACGCUGCAGAGUCCACAGCGGGCCCUUGCAUCUUCGCCUUCUCACAGUCUCGCCGGUCAGCCGACGCAUCCCAAUUUGGCGCCUCUAACGCCGGUAGGCACAGCUCCGCUGGCCUCGAAUCCCCCGCGUGCGUCUUCUCACCGGUCGCAAGGCAAUGGAGGACGGGGCACGGAGAGACCGCACGCCCCGCCGGCGUCGGAGCCCCGGUCGGCAGGCGCCCCCAGCGCGUCUGGGUCCUUCGACUUCCGCCAAGAAACCGGAGGCGGCAUAGGCCAUUUCCGGCUUCGGCGAGAAGACCGGCCGAUGUUUCAGCUGCCCUCGCCGCUUCCUGCUCUCGGACAUCCUCUGGCGCGCACUGCCUCACAGGUCGGAGACAGCGUGGACAGCGCGAACGCCCUUUCGCCGCUGUCUGGCCGCCGCCUCCACGGGUCUUCGCCGCAGGCGUCUUCCCGGCCCCAGGCAGGACAGGCGAUCGCAGCCGAAGGCGGCCUCGCUCCUGCGGUCUCUGGACCUGGCGGCGUGCAGACCCUGGCAGACGCGUUGCCUGAACGGCGAAGAGCGGAGCACGAAGCAGUCCCGUACAUCUUUGUCCCCAGUGAGCCGGAGCUCGACGAGCGACGUCGGGGGAGGUUCUCUGGGCCUGCGCCGGCAGCGACCAACCCUGCGGCCGGGGGCCCUCGGCCAGGGCCUCUGCAGAACCCCGCGGCGGGGCGCGGCCGGGAUCCCACGAUCGGCCACGGUCGGAGCUUGACGCCGCCGCCUCUCGUCAGCAGCGGAAAUAACGCCAGUAGCUCUUUGCCUGCGUAUUCCUUCGAGCGGCACGGAGGCGGAAGACCCAGCGGCGCGGCUGGGGCAGGACCGCACGGCAUGCAAAGGGGCGACGGGCGAAACGGGGACAGUGGGAGAGACAGAGCUUUCGACAGGACUCGGGACGAAAACCGCAGGCCGACCAGUCCCGCGCCUGCUCAGCGAGGCGGUGUGUCGCGCGAGGGAGGGAUGUUCUUCCUUCCGUCUCAGGAAGACGGGAGAAGCCGCGGAUUCCCAGGCAACGAUGGUGGACCCGGAAACGACCCCGGGAGCGGGGGAGGUGGUGGCCCUGGCCCCUCUGGGGGGCGGAGAGACGGCGAGGACAGACAGGGACAAGGGUGCUUGGACAAGGACACCGAGCGACGAGCGGAGCUAGCCAUGUAUGAGGCUCUCGGGCGCCUUCUCGCCAUGUGCUCCUGCAUCGGCGCGGCCUUCAAUGCCUCUUUGAACCCGCUGAUUUGGAAGAAACUUGUGGGGCAGCCGCUCCAAAUUCAGGACUUAGCAGAUUCCGACUGCGUGGCAGUGGAGAUGCUGCGCUCGCUUCGACGCCUGGCAGCCGUGCCGCCGUCUCUGUGGGACGAAGCCAUGAAGUCGUCGAUUUCGGAUCUGACUUUCAUGACUGAGGGCUCUUCGGGACAGCCGUUUGAGCUCGUCCAGGGUGGCAGUGAGAUCGUUGUGACUCCAAAGAAUCUCGAGCUGUUCAUUCGCCUCUCGGAGCGGUGUCGGCUCUUGGAGGGCCAAGGAAGCCUCGAAGCCCUCCUCAGAGGCAUCGGGGCGGUUCUCCCUCUUGGGCGGAUGCGCAUGCUCUUUGACUGGAGGCGACUGGAGUACCGGGUGUGUGGAGACCGCGAGGUCGACCUGGACCUGCUGCGAAGCCACACGACAUGCGGCUCUGAGGAAUUGAAGGCCACCCUCUUUGAGGUGUUGGAAACCUUCACCAACGAUCAGCUCCAGCGCUUCCUCCGCUUCGUUUCCGGGCGCUCUCGCCUCCCCUCUAGCGGAAGCGACUGGCGAAUGGCCGUCGACUACGAAAUUCCUGAAGGGCAACGCGUGCCCCCGAUCGACGACAACCGCCUCCCGACAGCAGCAACGUGCGGAUUCAGGCUUCUUUUGCCCCGGUACACAUCAAAGGUGAUCUUCCGCCAACGGCUUCUCUACGCGAUCAACAACUGCACUGCAAUUGACUUGGAUGCCUACGUGGUACACGAGCAAAUGACUCUGAUGUAUGAGGACUAG